AUGGCAGACCUUUUCCACCGGGACUGCCUUGUCGGGUAUCUGGCUCAGAAGUCCGGUGUGGCGGCCGGACACCCGCACGCGCGCCCGGAGCAGCUGGCCCAGCACAUGCAACUGAAGGACAUCGAGAAUGUCCCGUGCCCCUCUUGCGUUAAACCCGUCCUCCCGGCGCCCGGCAACCUGGGCCCCCUGGCCAGCCGGCUGCGGGCCUUCUUCGAGGAAACCUUCCGGCCGAUGGCGGGGAGCCAGUUUUCUUCGCAAUCCACCGUGGACCUCUCUGCCCCGGGGGGGGGCCCGGCGUCGGGCGGUGGCAACACCAUCGGCCCUGGCCCCAUCACCCCCGGGGGAGGGACGUACCAAUCGCACCUGCCGGGCGGCAUGCCCGGGGUGUCGCACCCUGGUGGCCCGGCGCCCGGCCCCGAGGCUGCCGGGCUGUAUAUCCCCCCGGCGGUGGCCACAGCCCCGGCUCCGGGGGAUGUCUACAUUCCGAUGCGUUCGCGGUCCAUUGCCGAUGAUGAUGACAAGGACAAGUAUCGGUCCAAAAGCAGUCUCAAGGGACGCUCGCCGAUGCUCCGUGCCGGUGCCUUUUCUCCCAGCCGGCGCGCCCGGCGGCUGAUGCUGUCCUUCGUCCUGAUGGCCACCAUCAUGCUUCUGCUUUACUAUGUGAUCCAGUCGUCGGAUCGCGGCACCGGGCCGGGCGUCCCGCCGGGCGGGGCGCCUGUCCCUGCUGCCGGGGCCGCCGCCGCCGCCGGGGCACCCUAUUAG